AACUGCCGCUGUCACAUUCGCCGCAGCCGAUUGCUACCCGAGAGAAUACAGCCGACUAUUCGCGGCUACCGAAGUGUCGCAAGGCAGCCCCGAGCUUGUCUAUAUACCUCCAACUUGUUGAUAUUUGGUUCGUCGUCCAUCGCAGGUCGCAAAACAGCUUGCCGGUCAAGUUUGUUCAAGGCGGCAGCGGCACGCCCGUUAGGUCACACCAGUGACACAAACCUCACUCUGUCAGAGGCACAGGGGUCUCAAGCCAACUGCUUUUUCAUAUUUUUUCCGGCCCGUCGAACCAACCUGCCGCGCCCAAUGUCGCACGCCUCCAAAAAUCGGUUGUCCCAAUAUUCGACGGGCUCCAUUCCGUCCCGGUCGCGACCGCCCUCCCAGCUAUUUCCAAUAUUCCACUCCAGCCUGACGUAUACCUUUGUGCGGGACUUUGCCUACUCGCCAAUGCACCCCAUGCACUAUGGGCCCCCGCCAGAGCCUUCAGGACCUCCCUCGGGUAUCACCACGCCGGCGAGCGAAUCACGACGAUCAUCCGAUCCUUUGGCAUCAUGGGAAAGCAAAUUAGGUUGGGACUGGACGUCAGAUGGAGGUCUCGGCAAAGGUAGCGACCUGGCGCCGAUCCAUUUCGGUGACGGUCCGCCUUGGAGCGAAGAUGAAGACUUACAGAGCCCCGUUGUCAGCUCCCGGCACAGAAAACAUAAGUCAUCGUCGGCAUCAUUGGGCCACAAACCCAGGGAGUCGAGAGAGGAGCGCCCUGUCCAGGAUGGAUCUUCGUUAUUGAACCCUGAUAAUUAUGACGGAGAGCAGGGUUACUUUGUCGGAGCCAGCGGCGAUGGCAGCGAAAGAUACUACAUGAGCCAGGGAGGAGAGGCCAAUGGCCCGGGAGGAGAAUAUGUCACAUAUCCAGCUGACCACUCACGUCGAUCCACACAAGUCCCUUACCAAGUGGUAGAGCAAAGGCCCCGGCAAUAUGUAGACCAUGACGCUGGGUACAAGUCGGGGUCCGACAUAUCGAGUGCUGCCUCCUCGCCAGGUUUCCGCGAGUACGACCAAUCGCGGUAUUCAAGGGAUUACCAAUUCACCAUCACCUCGCCUGAUGAGGAGAUGCAUGGAAAAGCAGUCGCUCUCUUUGAUUUCGAGCGCGAGAACGAGAAUGAGCUACCGCUGGUUGAAGGUCAGAUCAUAUGGGUCUCUUAUAGGCAUGGCCAGGGGUGGCUCGUCGCAGAGGACCCGAAGACGGAGGAAAGCGGUUUGGUACCCGAGGAAUACGUCCGCCUUCUUCGUGAUAUCGAAGGGGGAAUGAACAGUCUCACGGGACAUGUCACUGAGGGACCGGGCACUCCUAAUGACGUGGGUACCCCGACCCAAGCCGAACCUGUGGGACCCUACAGUCAUGCGCCGACGCCGAGCAACGCCAGUGGGAUUUCAAACGGUUAUCACCAGCCAGUGGUGUCAACAUUUUCUACAUCGAGCAAGGAUCUCGAUCCUUAUCCUCAGCAUUUGCUGGCACAGUCCGGACAAGCUCCUCCACAGGUCGUACACUACCAUGGACAACGAGGCGGAAGUCAGGCUAACACGCCCACUGCGCAGCACUCCUUUGAAGGCAUUGGACGACGAGGCAGUCAAGAUACAAUAAAGCGACACGACUCGACAUCCGGGAGGCCGGCACUUGAAACUCUUCCCGAUAAGAGACUGAAGUCCCCGGUCGAAGAAUCUGAUUCCGAGGACGAGGAAGAGGAAGAAGAAGGGAAAGGCAAGCGGUGAGGCGGGUGAACACCGCCGUGUAAGACCCUAAAAGAAGAGUCGCAGUUGCGUGCAGGAUACACAACGUCUACCCCGAAAGUCUGGAAAGUACAUGUUGGAAUGAUCCUGGGGGUAUCGGUACCCUUUUCGCCUCCGACGGCACCGAGCCCACGCACACUGCUACGAGUAACGGCGCACGAUGUGCUCUGAGCCUCACGGAAA